UAUUUAAAGAUUGCGGGGAAACAGCCUGGGACGAUCAAGGGUGUUGGUUUGAUUUGCGGAGCGUGCUGCGACUUCUCUGAGAAAUCGACACAACGAUGGCAGUGCAACUGGUUUCUAACAUGAAAAUCAGGUCUGGCGACUGCAUCAAAGUGAAAGCCAAGAUAGAAAUAGAUGCUGAAAGUUUUGCCAUCAACUUGGGCCAGAAUGAGUCUGAGCUGGUCCUUCACUUCAACCCUCGCUUUGAGAGUUAUGGGGAUGUUAGGACCAUUAUCUGCAAUUCCAAAUCGUGUGGAGAAUGGGGUAUGGAGGUCAGGGAGGACAUGUUCCCUUUCCAAAAGGGGGAAGAAUUCAAGAUCUUUGUCUGCUUUGAUGCCAAAGAGAUCACUGUGAAAAUGCCCAAGGGAGAGGAAAUGAAGUUCCCAAAUAGGUUGGAAGUGGAUACAGUGGAUUAUUUCUCUAUUGUUGGUGAUGUUAGAAUUAAAUCUGUCAGAUUUGAUUGAUCCCAAUCCUUGUUUUGCACCCAAAAAUAAAACUUGCAUGAAUAAAGUGAAACUAUCCUGGC